AUGAGUUCCAAUCCUGUCUUGGAUCCAGCUUGGAAGCAGCCAUCUGGACAAAGUAGCACUGUGGCCUCCACUACAUCUGCUCGUGUUCCAGCUACCUCUCGCCGUGGGUUAAUCCAAGUCACCACGCAAAGAGUUGUGCAGCAUCCUCAGUUGCCUAAGCCAGAUCCAAGCCUGCCUGCCAUGCCCCCUGCUUCCAGUCCACCUUGCCCCCGUCUUGGAAGCACCUGCCACCAGCUCUUGCCCAACAAGACCUUUCUGCGCUGGGGGGAACUUGAGCAGACGCUGAGUUUUGCCUGGGCACUGCAUGUCUACGGCGCUGGAGUGCUUUUUCUGCUGCUAAGCCUGUUGAGCUUGGCGUGUCUGGGGGUAUCCCUUUCUUUGCACAGGUCACAGCUCCCCUAUGUCCUGGCUGCCAGUGGUCUGCUCCUGGUGUUUGGGGUACUGCGAGCCACCUUCUUCCUGGCUGACCCCUACGGCUCUCUGGGCCGACUGCCUGCCCGUGCUAUGCGACUGUUCUACACCGCACCUUUCCCUCUGCUGCUGAGCACCUUCACGGUACUUCUGCUCCGCCUGGUUCAUCAGGCUCGGCUACAGGUCUUGCCCUCCAGAUGGCAGAGCUUGGCAUUUUGGGCUGCGCUGAGCUCCCUACACAGCAUUGUUCUCUUGGGGGCUGACUUGUUGUCCCCUGCAAUGCACUCAGCUGUGUCUGUGGGACUCCACACCCUUUCCUGUACAGCCGGUCUCUGCCUCCUGCCGGCCACUGUGUUUGUGUACUGGCUGCUGCGGCACAACCAGGGGAUAGAGGGCACCCUGGAGCCAGGCAUAUGGCGGGAAGCCUGGGUGUUGUUGGCAAGCAGUGGGUUGGUACUGCCAUGCUGCGUCCUGCAGUUCUAUGGGGUACUGUGGCUCUCGGGGGCAUUGGGACAGCUGGACGUUUUCACCUGGGGCUGGUGGUUUGUGCAGUUCUGGUUCCGGAUUGGCGAACUGGCACUCUCCUUUAUCCUGGUCUCGCUGGCUUGGCAGGCACUUUGCCGGCACCACGAUACCACCGAGCAUUCUUGCUGGGCCAAGCUCCUGAGCUACUUCUGUGCCUACCGCAAGGCUGAGGUGCCAGAGUACCCCAACAAUUGCUAUGACUGGCCUGGCGGAGUCCUGGAGAAGAUACCCAGUCACAACCUCAAUAAUAACUUGAUCCGGAACUCCCCCGCCGGUGGGCUACUCUGGGGUCUCAAGGACAGCAAUGACCUGCGAGCAGGACCCGGCCAGGGCGCUAGCCCCUCUCUGAGGCGUGCAGGCUACAGCCCCAAGUGCCCCAAUGUGGCUGUGGCAGCAGCGAUGGGCCGCUCUUACACCAGCAUCUGUUUCGAGAGGGAGUCAGUCCUCUCGUUGGCUGACCUGGAGUUCCGCCCACCCUCGCCCAUCAACCUGAGCCGCAGCAUUGAUGAAGCGCUCUUCCGCGAGCACUUGGUGCGCGAUUCGAUCUUCCUGCACUCUAGCCUGCGCUUCCCGGCGCGCCAGGACUCCUGUGCCUCGCUGCGUGGCGACUGCUCCACACUGUCCCAUGCAGCCCAGCCCCUGCUGGCCCAGCCCCGUCGGAGCAGCGACCCCGAUUGCCUUUACAGCUUAGCGCGGACCAGCUCAGUGGGAGAUCUGAUUGGCCGAGGCCUGGCUAGCGAGCCCGCCACGGACACGUCCCUGGGCAGCUUCUCGCGCACCUCCUUCUCCCGGGCGUCCCUGAAAAUCAGCUGGAACCCCUGGCGCCAUGGGGUGUCCUCUCCCGAAAGCCUGCCCUCAGAGGAGCUGCCCAGCCAACAGCACCAGGCGCAGGCAGAGGAUCUCCCUCCGGCACCAUACAGCAGCGCUCCAAACUCCGAACAUGAGGCCCGCAAGAGCUUUCUGGCCCUCAGCAAACAAGUGGAUUCCCGCAGCCUCUCAAGUGACACUAUUGAAUUGUAA